UAGCACUUAAAUUGGAUUUUAAUUAACAGUGUCGCUGUUAAAGGAAAUGCGAACAAUACAUUUACCCCGUGUGGGGCCCCAAAUAAGUCAUGAGCUUUUGCAUCAACUUGAUCACGUGACUUACAAAACACGUCGACACGAAUGUGGGUCAAAACAUGUAAACAUUGGAUUUUAAAGCAUACUAUAGCUUAAAGUGUUGAUUUGAAGAUGGAUCAGACACAAGACCACAACAAAAUCUUACCGGUAGUGGACAUGACUACGGUGGUUACAGAGAAGUUGCCGGACUUGCGCUAUGAAACUGGAACAAAAGAAAAUGUGAACUAUCCUUUGGGGAUAGUUUCGACAGCUCGUUUCGAAAAGAGUGGUCCAACAGAAAGAAGUGUGCAAUCCAGAUUAAUUGGAAAUAUUGCGUCAAACAUGAAGAUUUCAGAGCAGUUCACCGCCUUGUCUGUACGUAUGUCGAAUGCCCUGGAAGCAAUCGGAGCUGAGAAAUGUACGGUGAUGAAGCGCAGGAAAACAUUUAUGAGAAGAGAAUUCAUGGAAACUAUAACAGAAAAUCUAGUUGGAAAUAUAUUGGAAUGCUUCCACUUCGGUAGCCAAUCGGAGGGAACGACCACGCCGGGCCUUCAGUCAGAUAUUGAUUUGCUUUUCACAAACAAGAAUGUUAAUGUCAUGACACAACUGAGGGACUGGGAAAAUGGGAAACAAAACCUUCUAAUGCUCUAUGACGACAUUACUCCUCCGCAACAAUACUUACUACAAAUAUUCAAACCGGAUGCACCUGAGCCAGAAACUCGUUUGUGGAACAGCCAGUUUGUGAGGAAAGGUCCUGAUCAAAUACUUGUUAGCUCUGACAAAUUUAAACAGACAAUCGAGGAAAACAAUAAAGAUAAAGAUACAGAAGUAUCAAAAAGUGGACCCUCGGUAAGCUUUCUUGAAAACUGGGAUAUUGUAGAAGCGUACACAGUCCGCAAAGCUCUUCCUGAAAUACAACACUGGAUAGACAGAUGUCGAGGUAGACACUGGCCGUCUCCUCAGUUACUGGAGGCUGCCCGGAUAGCUCCGUGUUUUUUGGUACCCGCCGGUCAUCCAGACAGUGAUCACAAACACGAAGAAUGGCGACUGUCACCAAAUCUUAUAGAACGAAUGCUGAUGUUCAGUUUUAACGUUACGCAGAUAAAAUGUUUCAUUGUUUUGAAGAUAAUGAAGAAAUCAUUAUUAAACAAAAUUGUCAAAGAUUCUUUCACAAGUUUUCAUUGUAAAACAUUAAUGUUCUAUACCAUUGAAAGAACCCAUCCGGAUUUGUGGAAGGAACGUAACCUUGUGUAUCUUAUUGUGCUAUGCUUGAAAAUUUUGCGUAAGUGGUUAAGAGAUGGGAUGUUUCCGCAUUAUAUAAUACCAAGAGUAAACUUGUUUGAUGCGAAACUCUCGUUUGUGCAACAGAAGCGCCUUUUUCGGUUUGUGGACUCAAUGAUAAAGAAUGAUUUGCAAGAUUUAUUUCUGAUUGAUAUUGACAAUUUUGGCUUCCUACUUGGAGAGAACGGCUUAAGUGGAGGCGUGCAAAACCGAGAAAGUGGAGGCGUGCCAAACCGAGAAAAUAGUGUUCUACUCUUAAGGAAUAGUAUCGAAUUAUUUCUUAAAUUUGAACGUUUAGAGCGGCUACUUAUAGAACAACGUGGUAUUGUUUAUAAAUAUCAACACCCUGUCGUGAACCUUGAGCGAGAAAUUACACGUUGCUUAUGCAAAAUGUUCGGCUUCUUUGAUUACCAAAGAUUACAAGUAGUUGCUUUGGAAUUCGCCAAAAACCUGUGUGCAUUACGAGCAUCACUGAAAUCGUCUAAACAAAUAGGUUUCGGGUAUGGCAAAUUCAGAGAUAUUUUAAAUGGCUUUCGGUAUUCCUUAACAACGGACGUAGCUUCUACACGCCUUAAACUGGCAUCUGCGUUGUACUGUAGGGGACAUCUACAUUCAGCCGUCAAAAUAUUGGAAGAUAUAGAAAAUAGAUAUCACAAUAAGAUCAAGGCGGUAUGUGGGUGUAGAGAUAUUGAAGGAGACAGAGAUCUUCAAUUAUUUGCCAAAAUGGUAUUGCGGUUUGACAAUUUUUGCCCUGAGCCUCCGUUUGCAUUUUGUGUCAGAUUUGCCAGACAGGAAGCAUACUGCGUGCCAUACAUAUUGUUCUUUGAAAUGAACCGUGGCUUGACCGCAGAGGACCUUGGGCAAAGAACUUACACGGAGACCCGGUGGAUGGACUGCGCUGAGGUGGAUGCUCGUCCGUUCCUCUACUAUAUACAGUACUUAACGUAUGGAGGACUCGGUAAUCGUGACAGACAGAUAGAUGCCAUGUUAAAAUUAGAAACAUAUAUAUGUGAUUCAUGCAAUCAUAUAAAUUUGUAUCAUGAAGAAACGGCAGUAAACUUACUCGGUCACUGCUUUGAAAUGGAAGGAGACUUCAGAGGGGCGUUACAUUACUUUUUACAAUCUUCGAAAAACAUACCGAAAAACAAUGCAGCAAACAUGCAUGUCAGACGGAUUCUUGGUAUUAUCAAUGGUUAAGAAUCCAUUUAAAAACCAAUUGUUGAACAGAACAAUAUUUUUUACUUGUGUCACACUUAAAUCCACUACAUGUACAUAUUUCCUGUCCUGCAUACUUCCAGUAAAUUUUUAAAACAGUUGAAAAACAACUACAAUGUAUAUAUUAAAUGAACUUUUUCGUUCUAGGUCUAGUGUGUACUGUAGCUAUGAAAGUAUAACUGAUUCACGACGGCUGCUUUACUUAUCAUAAUUUUUGUGUCAUAAGAAAUUUAAAUCUUAACAGUGUUUCCGUUUUUUCUUCAGACGGGAUAGACAAAUGAAAUCGGUGCAAUUUAGUUGACAAGUAGAUGUUAGCACUUUUUUGAAAUCGCAACUCACCUCACAGUGUGAUCGCUCGGUUUGAUAAAGAUCUUACAUUCUUAUAUCCGUAAUGUUAGUCAUUGCAAUAUUGCUUAUGUUGAAUUUUCGAUUAGUAAAUUGUAACUCACAUUGUUUUAUAAAAAUAACAUGGUUAACUAUAUUAUACAGUUGGCACAUCCAAAAACGACUAUUGCUAUACGAAAUACUUAAGUUUUGUUAGCAUCUCAUUGUUGUCGAAGACAUUAAACCUUCGAUUCCUCUGUCAAAAUGUUAUCAUAUUAAGAAAAUAGUAAACAAACAAAUAUAAGUGACCCCAAAUUACUUCAUUGGAUUAACAAUGAUCUGGUAAAAUUUAAUAAUAUGUUUUAGUUUACAUUUUAGUUAAGUGUUAAGAUAAAAUAUCAUGACUUCUUAUACCAUAUUGGAUUAACAAUGGUUUGGUUAAAUUUAAUAAUAUGUUUUAGUUUACAUUUUGUUCAGUGUUAAUAUCAUGACUUCUUAUACCACCCGAAUGAAACGGAACCCACAGUUAUUAUAAUCUUAUUAUAUUGUAUUAUACGAUGUUUAUUAGAUUGUAUUAUUUGUGUUGAUCUAGUGAAAGUAAACAAUUGAUUAAAUUGAAAUUAAAUCGAACUUUUAGUAUCUUUUAUUGCUUUUGAAUGUAAAUUGCAAAGAUAUGCGGUUAAUUUUAAUGUAAACAUGUGUGUUGUGUGAUUAUUUGAAGUUGUAAACAUACGUUCUAUGGCCAUAACACGACAUCCAUGAUUGAUUACGUAUUAGCUGUAGAGCUGCAACGAUUCACCAACAGUUCGAUUCGAUUCGAUUUCGAUUUCAGACACUCCGAUACCGAUUUUUUCGAUUCGAUUCAUCUUCAAACCUAGUUUUAUCAUAUAUUCACUCGUAUGCCUCAAAAUUAACAUUUCUGUUCAAAUGUGAUUUCAAUAAAACACAUAUAAAAGAAUAGCAAAUUAGGACUCAAUUUUAAUUUUAAAACUUCUGACUAGAUUACACAAUAAUAUAAAAAAUAAAUAAAUAAUCAUAAAAACGUAUCUGGAAUCAGUUGAAUGGUAGUACUAUCACUAUUACACCUUUACCCAAAACCGCUAUAAGCAUGUCUACCACUGUGCCAUGACAGCAUAACCUGUUACCUGUAUGACAAAUCAUAUUUUCUAAUAAACUUAACAAAACUCCAACAUAAAAAGAACUACUUUUCUGGCUGGCGACUUGAGUAGUUGCACUUGUGCGACCUCUUUGUCUUGCUAAAUUAACGCUAUGUUUGCGUUUGACAUAUUGCAUUAAAUUAGAUUAGUGGUUGAGCCGGACUUAGCGUACGCCACAUCCGUGAAGCACAGUUUACACUUAGCUUUAUUGGUAGGGCUACCAUCCCGAAACCCAAAAUACUGCCACACUUUUGAUUUUAGCUUCUUAGCCGCAUCUGAUAAUUUCAAUUUGUCGGCAACAACUUGUUCAGCCAUUUUGACGCUUUUUACGAAAGUAGACCGUAACGGGCUUAUUGAUUGGAUGACUAAAGUAAUAAGCAACCAAUCGCGCGCGUCGUAAUUACAGGUAAAUAUAAAACCUACACCUCCCUGUAUCAAUAGUCAGAAUACAGCGCGCUUUACGUAUCUAUGUAUAUAUAUGUAUAUAUUUUAAAGAAUCGAAUCGAAUUUGGUAGGUUUGGUAUCGUAAUCGAAUCGAAGCAUUUCGAAUCGAUUUUCGAUGAAUCGGAUCGAAUCGUUGCAGCUCUAAUUAGCUGGUGAACGAAAUUUCUCAUGUAUUGUUGAUUUUACAAUAAGCGAAUUUAAUGAAUGGAGCGAUCACGCCCCGUUACACCUGUCUCUUUGUUGUAAUAACUUUUCACCAAAACACGAGAAAUUUACUGAUGUUAAACACCAAUGGAACAGUUCCCUCCAAGCUCAAUUUCGAUCAGAAAUCAUUGCUAAAUUAUCUGUUUUUAAUCAUAUUACGCAUACUAUUUUUAAUGUGAAUAGAUUGUCAGUAAAUAAUGCCAAAAAAAUGAUUUUACUGAUACUAGCCGCAGUGUAGCGGACCCAUUAUUUUCACAUACAUAUACGUUUAGUUAUAAACCGAAGUACAGGUUCGAUGAAGACGGUAGAUUAAAUAAUGCUGACUGGUUCGAUAGUGAUUGUGAGUCUGCCCGUUGUUUAUAUAUAUAGAUGCCUUACAGAGUUUUAACUUGAAUAAUUCUCAUGUUAAUAGAUCAAGGCUUUGCCAUUAUAAGAAACUAUAUAAAGAUUUAAUACGGAAAAAGAAAGGAUGUGCAUACCGUAAAAAAAUGACUGAAAUUGAAAACUUAAAGAAAAAUAAACUUCGCGAUGUUUGGGAAUUUUUCAAAUCAAAUAAUAAACUAAGCAGUCAUAACAUUUCAUUGGAAGAGUUCAAAUUAUUUUUUAAAAACCUUACCAACAAUACUUUUAAUUGCAAUAAUAUCGAGGCGGAACAAUUAUGUUCUAGUUAUAAUUUUAGUGAUGAUAAUGAUUUGUUUCCAGAGUUAGACCAGCCUAUUAAUGUUAAUGAAGUUACAUGUGCCAUUAAACAACUCAAAAGAAAUAAGUCAGCUGGUGUUGAUUUUAUAUUACACGAAUAUUUAAUAGAAUGUAACGAUAUAUUGUGUAACCAUUUAUGUGAUAUUUUAAUUGUAUACUACAAUCUGUUUUUUUCCCCCUGAACAAUGGAUACAGGGAAUUACAAUCCCAUUACACAAAGGGCUCUGUAAACGAUGUUAAUAAUUACAGAAGAAUAACAUAUGAACGUUGUUUCUUAAAACUAUUUACUACAAUAGUUAAGAAGCGCAUCGAAUGUAUUUGUGAAACAAAUAAAAGUAUUUCGGAUGCACAAUUCGGAUUUCGUAAGGGUUAUUCACCAAUCCAUGCUAUAUACAUAUAUUAAUGUCUUUUGUACAAACAUAUAUUAAUGAAAAUAAAAGGCUCUAUGUAAUAUACGUAGACACGAUGAAAUGUUUUGAAAGUAUUUAUAAAAAUGCAUUGUGGUUAAAACUUUAUAAAUCUGGCAUUAGAGGUAAAAUAUUGCAAAUCGUUAAAGAUAUGUAUGAAAAUGUUAAAUCCUGUGUUAAUCAUGUUCUUCGUAUUCUGACUACUUUCGUUACUCGCUUGGUCUACGCCAAGAGGAGGUAAUGUCCCCUUUGCUCUUUUCUCUGUUUGUAGAGGACAUUGAGAUGUUUUACGACAUAACAUAGACGAUGUUUUACUUAUAUUACACCUUUUUUGCUGAUGAUAUGGCUAUUUAAGGUAAAAAUUCUUAAGAACUUCAAACCAAUUUGAAGAAUCUUCUUUUGUAUUGUGAUACGUGGCGUCUAAAAGUAAACACUUCAAACACUAAAAUUAUGGUUUUACGUAAGAGGGGCCCUUUACGCUAAAAUGAGACAUGGGCGUACGAUAGCCAUAACAUCGGAAUAGUAGAUAAUUUUAAUUACUUAGGUACUGUUUUAAAUUAUACAGGUAGUUUCACAUUAAACCAAGAACAUUUAGUAGGUAAAGCCCUAAAGGCUAUGAAUACUCUAUUAUAUAAGUGUAAAAUGUAUGACCUAAAAACUUUAAUACUUUGUCAGAUAUUUGAUGCAUUCGAUCCUUAAUUAUGCCUCUGAAAUAUGGGGUUUUACAAAGUCUAAAGAAAUAGAACGUAUCCAUUUAAAGUUCUGUAAACGUAUGCUACAAGUAAGACUCAACAGUUGUAAUGCAUGUGUUAAUUGAGAGUUGGGCAGAUACUCACUUUACAUUAAUCGUUUUAUGAGAAUGUAAAAAUAUUGGUUUAAAAUUAGAUUGAGUAAUACUAUUAUUCUCCAUACUGUGUAUAAUAUGAAUGUUGAAGAGUGUCAUAAAGGUCACAUCAAUUGGGGCUCGCAUUAAAAAGUUGUUAACCGAU